AUGUUCACCAAGACUCUCGUCGUUGCCGCCCUGGCCGCGGCUCCCGCUUUUGCUGCUCCCGAAGUCAAUGUCUACUGGGGUCAGACCGCCGGCUCAAGGCUUUCCACCUUCUGUGAUGCUUCUGGAUUCGACUAUGUUACCGUUGGUUUCCUCAACAAGUCCCCCUCCCAGGACCCCUCGGGAGCCAACUGGCCGGGUACCAACUUUGGAAGCCACUGCGAUGGCGUGUACUACAAGUACAACGGUGCCAACACCAACGUCCAGUCCGACUGCGGAAAGAUCGCUGCCGACAUCAGAUACUGCCAAAAGAAGGGCAAGAAGGUCCUUCUCUCCAUUGGUGGAGAGUGGAAGACGACCGCCAACUACGACCUCAGCAACGAAGCCGAAGGACGUCGCUUUGCCUUGUUCGUGUGGCAAGCCUUCGGUCCUCGCAUCGCCGGCUCCAUCGUCCCAAGACCGUUUGAUGAUUACUACCUCAAUGCCGAAGAGGGCGAGGAGAACUUCGUCUUUGAUGGGUUUGACUUCGAUAUCGAGAAGAGCUACGACGCAAACCAGUCAAAGGGCUAUAUCGCCAUGAUUAGCAGUCUGCGCCAGUUCAUGGCGACACCACAACUCAACCCAAACAACCGCCAGUUCCUGAUUACCGCCGCUCCCGAAUGCCCUCUGAACGAUCCGUAUUACAAGAUGAAGCACAUCAUCAAGAACAGCAAGUUUGACCUUCUGUUCGUCCAGUUUUACAACAACCCAGGAUGCCAUGGCGUCACCAACAACAACUUUGACGCUUGGGCCUCGCAUCUCCAAUCGACCGCCAGCAGUGGUGCAAAGAUUUUCAUUGGAUUGCCUGGAAGUACCAAUGCUGUUCAAAACGGUGAGGCGAGUGGCUACCUCACGCCCACCAACCUCCGAACUGUCAUCAACAAGUUCAAGGGCAGGGCUGCGUUUGGUGGUGUCAUGAUCUAUGAUGCCACCUAUGGCGCGAGAAACAUCGUUUCAGGCUCCAGCCCAGCUGGAUUGAACUACUACCAGUAUGCUCGAAGCCUUUUGGGUGGCUACACCCACACCGUCACGCCCCCGGCUCCCACACCGACCGCUUGCGUGCGUGAGUAUAGUGUCAAGUCUGGUGACUACUGCUAUCAGAUUGCUGCCCGUGCCGGUAUUGAUCUCAGCGAUCUCAAUGCCUUCAAUCCUGGUCUCAACUGCAACAUCCUCGGACUUGGGCAGAAACUUUGCAUCAAGCGUGGUAUCCCCAAGCCUACCAGCUCCAGCUCCACCAUCUUGAGCACCACUUCUUCCACCACUGUGAGCAGCACCACUGUCAGCACUACCAUCUCCUCCACCGAGACCAGCAGUACUACCGUCUCCUCUACCGAGACCAGCGCCACCUCUACCGAGACCAGCGCCACCUCUACCGAGUCCAGCACCAUCUCUACCGAGUCUGCCACUGAGUCUGCCACUGCCAGCGAGACCGUCACCGAGACUGAGACCAUCACCGCCAACGAGCCUGACAUCACCACCACAACCGUUGAAACCUCUGCUGAGCCUACUGGCAUCACCUACACUGAGGAUUUUACCAGUACUGAGACUGAGAGUGUGACCGUGACCGAUAUCAUCCCGACCACCACAAGCACCAUCUCUACCGAGUCCAGCACCGCUGAGUCUGCCACCGAGUCUGUCACUGAGUCUGCCACCGAGUCUGUCACCGAGUCCGCCACUGUCACCGAGACUGAGACCAUUACCACCAGCCCUACUCUCACCGAGUCUGCCACUGCCACCGAGACUGCCAGCGAGACUGAGAGCUAUUGCGAGGAUGACGAGACCACCACCAGCGAGACUGCCACCGCCACCGAGACUGCGAGUGGAACAGAGACCGUCACUGCGACCGAGUCUGCUACCGAGUCUGCUACUGCCAGCGAAGCCGAGACCAUCACCGCCAGUGCUACUCUGACCGCUAGCGAGACUGAGGUUACUACUGUUAGCGAGACUGCCACUGAGACUGAAAGCUACUGCGAGGAUGAGGAGACCACCGAGACUGCCACUGCCACCGCUAGCGAGACCGAGUCUGCUGUUGUCAGUGUGACUGAGACCGCUACCGCCAGCGAGACCGAGGCCGUUACUGAGACCGCCACCGCCAGCGAAACUGAGUCUGUGACUGAGACCGCUACCGCCAGCGAGACCGAGGCCGUUACUGAGACCGCCACCGCCAGCGAGACCGAGGCCGUCACUGAGACCGUCACUGCCAGCGAGACCGAGUCUGCGAUUGAGACCGUUACAGCCAGCGAAACCGGGUCUGUUAUUGCCAGCGAGACAGAGUCUAGCAUCGAGAGCGCUACCGCUAGCGAGACCGGGUCUGUUAUUGCUAGCGAGACAGAGACUCUUCCCGCCAGCGAGACCACCACUGACGGCCCCGUCAUCACACCCUCGGAGAGCUUCACCACCUCCACCAUCUACUCCACCACCACCUUCACCGUGACCUCGUGCGAGCCCUCUGUCACCUCCUGCCCCGGCCGCGUCGUGACCAAGACCAUCGCCAUCGGCACCACCAUCUGCCCCGUCACCACGACCGACGCUCCCGUCAUCACCUCUUCCUCCUCCCUGCCCGCGGGUUACACCACCUCAACCAUCUACUCCACCAAGACCCUCACCCUCACCUCGUGUGCUCCCACCGUGACGAACUGCCCGGCGGGUAGCACCACCACUGUCGUCGUCCCAAUCGGAACAACUGUCUGCCCUAUCUCCGAGGCGGAGGCCACUUCCACUCCUGUCCCCGCUGUUCCAGGCGUGGAGACUAGCUCCAAGCCAGCAAUCAAGGUUAUUACUGAUGUCCCUGCUGAGGAGGAAACGACGACCUCCACCACGACCUUCGUCCAGCAGUUGACUACUAUCAUCACCGUGCCCAAGCCUGAUGUCACUGCUACUUCCAAGCCUGCCGGUGGUGACGAGGGAGUUGUUGUCAAGCCUACGCCCUCGGGUGGAUUCCCUUACAGCAGUGGGUAUGUCAAGCCUAUUGCUUCAGCUACGCAGCAGCCCGUGACUGCUGGGGCGGGGAGGAAUGGGGUUGUUUUGGGAGGUGUUAUUGCUGCUGCCCUUGUCUUGGCUUUCUAA